AUGGGUGACGAAGAAGUUCAAGCUUUAGUUAUUGAUAAUGGAUCAGGUAAUGUAAAAGCAGGUGUUGCAGGUGAUGAUGCACCUCGUUCAGUUUUCCCUAGUAUAGUUGGAAGGCCAAAAAAUCCAGGAAUUAUGGUAGGGAUGGAAGAAAAGGAUGCAUUUGUUGGCGAUGAAGCUCAAACAAAGAGAGGUAUAUUAACUUUAAAAUACCCAAUAGAACAUGGUAUUGUAACAAAUUGGGAUGAUAUGGAAAAAAUAUGGCACCAUACAUUUUAUAAUGAACUGAGAGCUGCUCCAGAAGAACAUCCAGUUUUAUUAACAGAAGCCCCAUUAAAUCCAAAAGGAAAUCGUGAAAGAAUGACACAAAUUAUGUUUGAAUCAUUUAAUGUUCCAGCAAUGUAUGUAGCAAUUCAAGCUGUAUUAUCUUUAUAUUCAUCAGGCCGUACAACAGGUAUUGUUUUGGAUAGUGGUGAUGGUGUUUCCCAUACUGUUCCAAUUUAUGAAGGAUAUGCAUUACCCCAUGCAAUAAUGAGAUUAGAUUUGGCUGGAAGGGACUUAACUGAAUAUUUAAUGAAAAUUCUUCAUGAAAGAGGAUAUGGAUUUUCGACAUCUGCAGAAAAAGAAAUUGUAAGGGAUAUUAAAGAAAAGUUAUGUUAUAUUGCUUUAAAUUUUGACGAAGAAAUGAAAACAUCUGAACAAAGUAGUGAUAUUGAAAAGUCAUAUGAAUUACCUGAUGGAAACAUUAUAACAGUAGGUAAUGAAAGAUUUAGAUGCCCAGAAGCAUUAUUUCAACCAUCCUUUUUAGGAAAAGAAGCAGCAGGAAUUCAUACAACAACAUUUAAUUCAAUUAAAAAAUGUGAUGUAGAUAUUCGUAAAGAUCUUUAUGGAAACAUUGUUUUAUCUGGAGGUACAACUAUGUAUGAAGGUAUUGGUGAAAGGUUAACACGAGAUAUUACAACCUUAGCUCCAUCAACCAUGAAGAUUAAAGUUGUUGCUCCCCCUGAAAGGAAAUAUUCUGUUUGGAUCGGAGGAUCUAUUUUAUCAUCUUUGUCAACAUUUCAACAAAUGUGGAUCACAAAAGAAGAAUAUGAUGAAUCUGGACCAAGUAUUGUCCACAGAAAAUGCUUCUAA